AUGGUUAACGUCGUCUUUAUCAUCAUCAUCCUGGUGCUACAGCUGCAGAAAGACUGUCUUCAUAUAGAAUGGCCUAUUGGACCUAAGUACAAUCACACAGUGCGUCCUUGUCAUGGAGAUAUCAAAGAGUUAUUCACUUUAUGUCAAAGACAAAGCAACAUUUCUACCUUCUUACAGGAGAUUUGGGUGGUGACUCGACUCCAGUUGGAACCUCUUGGACUAGUAUUUCUGAUCUUCUUUAUGAGUAUUCUCAUUAUCCAGUUCUUCGCAAUGCUUUGCCAUCGAUUUGGCACUUUGGCUCACAUCAUAGCUUCAACGGAAUUGUUUUGCUUCCGUAAGACGAUUGGGAAGUUAAGUGAAGAUGAGUUAGUCGUCCAGAAUGCUGUGGAAAUUGCUAGGGAACUGCAGGCGAUCCGUGGGGUUGAUGAGUCAAGGGACGACGGACAGGGAGAGCAGAUCGGCCGCCGUCGUGUCGUUCAGAACCUGGAAUCCUCGCGUCUUUCUCUAAUGAAACGGAAAACGGAAACUCUUGAUGCAGCUUUCAAAAAAAGGUCACACUUACUCAACCUUCAUAAAGUAAGGUCAAGUAGGAACAGGUUUUUUGCCCUCUCUAGCGAGGUUCAAGAACCAGGUUUUUCCUCAAGAGACAGCCGACGUCGGUUAACAUUAACAAAAGGCACUAUUCGUGCUUUGGAAAAUAGGAGGGACUCUUUAUUUGGAACCAUGGAAAAAAAGGAUCAAAAGGUGUCGGAAGUAAUGAGGACUUCUACUGUUUCAUUACUUUUCUUAGAAUUUUCUUGUGAACAAGCUUACUGCUCAUAA